AUGUCAAAGGGGAAGAAACGUAGUGUGUGGUGCGACAUUGAUACACAUCAUUUACUUCAACUUUGGGAAGAACGUGCCAACGACUUGCGGCGUGCAAAACGGAAUGGUCACAUUUACCAAGAUAUUGCAGCGCAAAUGAACCAUAAAUUUACUGCGGAAGUGGUGCACGUCAAGAUUCGAAAUUUCACAAUAAUGCGGAAGUUUUGGAAUCGUUUUUAUUUCAACCAUCCCGAAACAUCACCAUUGUCUCCAUCGCCACAGCCAUAUCUUGAUGUCGUGUUUCCCCCAGCAACCCCCUCUUCGUCGUCCUCUGCAAAAAAGAGAAAUAAUUUAGGCGAAGUUAUAAAAAUUAUGAAAGAGCAAAAUGAUAUGCUGAAAUGUGUGUUAGAAGAUAGCCAAUGUCUGUCAAAUCAAAUUGUGAGUGCUAUCAGAGAACAAAAUGAAACCAGCCGAGAAUUUAUUAUUUUAAUGAAAAAUUUAAUAGAUAAGAUUUAG